GCAAGAGCAGAGCCAAAGAGCAAGCAGCCGCCAAGAUGAAGCCAUCCACUCCAGUCGCAGCCCUUCGCAUUCCCCUUAUGACGCUCGUGGUCGCUGCCCUGCUGCAGACGCACUGCGUCCGUGGCCAGAACCAGGCCUUCGAUCUCACCAAGCUGCUGCCCAAGACCGGUGCGGAGCCCAUCUGGACGGUGAUCGAUCGCAACUUGCCGCAGGUGCAGGAGCUGAUCAGCGCGGCCAGGAUGGAGUGCAUCCAGAAGCUGCAGCUGCCCCGGGACCAGCGCCCGCUGGUGAAGGUGACCAAUCCCAGCGAGAAGGAGAAGUGCCUGGUGGAGUGCGUGCUCAAGAAGAUUAAAUUGAUGGACAGUGACAACAAGCUUAACGUGGGCCAGGUGGAGAAGCUGACCAGCCUGGUGACCCAGGACAACAAGAUGGCCAUCGCCGUCAGCUCCAGCAUGGCGCAGGCCUGCAGCCGCGGCAUCUCCUCCAAGAACAGCUGCGAGGUGGCCCACCUCUUCAACCAGUGCAUCAGUCGCCAGCUGGAGCGCAACAACGUGAAGCUGGUCUGGUAGAGGGCAUCUCCGCGCCAAGGCCAUGGGUACCACCAACUAUUACUAAAGAUCUUCACUAGAACGUGCAUAUUUUGGCCAUACUCUUUACUGCAAUGGUUUCACACAUCCUUUAAACCAACAGUUUUUGCUAUUGAAGGCAAUGUAAUUAUAUUAGAUAUUACUUAUAGUAACCCUACUUUUUCUAGUACUAAAGCAAGUUGUAGUAGCUCAUUCGUAACUGAUUUUAAUAAACAUAUAUAUACAUAUAUAUAGUAAUUCAUUUGCACUAUUCGAUAUAAUUAAAACGCAAUCUUUCGUA